CGCGCGCGGGGUCUGGCUCGGACACCAUCUGGUUUGCAAAGGAGAAAGAGGACUGUGCCAGCGAGGGGAACCAGACUUGUCUGGUUCCAGAGGAGGAGUUGCUGCUGCUCCUGCUGUUCCUGCUCUGCGGCUGUUGCUUCUCGGUUUGGGAUCAACGAGCAGCAGGUUUGACUCCACGAUGUGGUGCCUGCUUUCCCUCUGCUGCUGGGGUUUAGGUCUAGCCUCUGGCUGGACGACAUUUCAGCAGACACCCUGGUCUCGAAAUUUUAGCUUCACUUUUUUCCCUCCCUCUCUUCCCUCCUCCUCGUCCUCGUCUUCCUCCUCCUUCCCCCCCUCCUUCUCCCGCCCGGGGGCUGCCCCGCCGCUAUCGCCGCCGCACAAGCAGCAGCAACAGCAGCCCCCUCCGCCUCUGCCUCCUCCUCCUCCUCCUCCUCCGUCGGCCCCGCAGGACUCCUCAGAGAACAAAGUGGAGAAGCUCGGCCAGGACUUCAAACGCAACGUGCGGAAGCUGCGGGAAAAGAGCAGCAACCUGGACCUGGUCUUCCUCGUGGACGAGUCGUCCAGCGUGGGGCACGCAAACUUCCUCAACGAGCUCAAGUUCGUCAAGAAGUUGCUCUCUGACUUCCCCGUGGUGCCCACCGCCACGCGGGUGGCCAUCGUUACCUUCUCCUCCAAGAACAAUGUGGUGCCCCGGGUGGACUAUAUCUCCUCCAGCCAGGCGCAUCAGCACAAGUGCUCCCUGCUCAACCGCGAGAUCCCCGCGAUCACCUACAGGGGUGGAGGCACCUACACCAAAGGGGCUUUCCAGCAAGCAGCGCAAAUACUGCGUCACUCCCGCGAGAAUGCCACAAAAGUUAUAUUUCUCAUCACCGAUGGCUACUCCAACGGAGGUGAUCCGAGACCCAUUGCAACAUCUUUACGGGAGUUUGGAGUGGAGAUCUUCACAUUUGGGAUAUGGCAGGGGAACAUCCGGGAGCUGAAUGACAUGGCUUCCACACCAAAAGAGGAACAUUGCUACUUACUCCACAGCUUUGCAGAGUUUGAGGCUCUGGCUCGUCGAGCCCUGCACGAAGAUCUGCCUUCAGGGAGUUAUAUUCAAGAGGACAUAUCCCAUUGCUCAUAUCUCUGUGAAACAGGCAAAGACUGCUGUGACAUAAUGGCAAGCUGCAAAUGUGGCACUCACUCUGGCCAGUUCGAAUGCAUCUGUGAAAAGGGAUACUUUGGGAGUGGACUGCAACAUGAAUGUACAGCUUGUCCAGCGGGGACGUACAAGCCUGAAGGUUUGCCGGGAGGAAUCAGCACUUGUAUUCCUUGCCCAGAUGAUAAUCACAUAUCAACACCUGGAAGUACUUCCCCUGAAGACUGUGUCUGCAAGGAGGGAUAUCAUCUGGUUGGUCAAACCUGUGAAGUUGUACACUGCCCUGUCCUGCAAGCCCCUGAAAAUGGCUACUUCAUCCAGAAUGUCUGCAAUAACUACUUCAAUUCAGCCUGUGGAAUUCGCUGUCACUCUGGAUAUAAACUAGUGGGGAGCAGUAUUCGGCUAUGUCAAUCCAGUGGCAUGUGGUCAGGUUCAGACAGCACCUGCCAAGCUAGGAGUUGUCGUCCACUCCACAAGCCUGAAGGAGGACAUAUCAGUUGCACUGCAGGUGAAACUACAUACAAUACCGUGUGUUAUGUGUCCUGUGAUGAGGGAUAUAAACUUAAAGGGAUGCCCAAGCUCACCUGCAAAGACUACUCCCAGUGGGACUAUGCAGAACCUCACUGUGAAGAGAUCCUUUGCCCUACUUUUGGGAAACCUAGUGGUGUGAUGAUGUACCCAUCAAACUGUGGCCAGGAACUAGCCAAGAUUGGGACUGUAUGUCAACUGAGCUGCCCCCAUGGAUUCAUCUUAUCUGGAACUCCAGGAAACAUAACAUGCACCAUUUCUGGGGAAUGGAAUUCCGAUGCCCAAGCAGCUGUCUGUAAAGAUGUGGAGGCUCCUCAGAUUGACUGUCCUGACAACAUCAAGGCAGAGACCCUGGAACAGCAGGAUUCCGCUAAUAUUAGCUGGGAAAUUCCACAGGCAAAAGAUAACUCUGGUGAACAGGUCUCAAUUCGUGUUACUCCAGCUUUUACUCCUCCAUACCUUUUCCCAAUCGGAGAAGUUGCUAUCACAUACACAGCAACGGACCGUUCCAGCAAUCAGGCCAGUUGCACGUUCAUUGUCAAGGUUGUUGAUGUAGAGCCGCCUGUUAUUGACAGAUGCAGGUCCCCACCAUCGAUCCAGGUGUCCGAGAAUGAGUAUGGAGCAAUGUGGGAAGAGCCUCAGUUCUCAGACAACUCAGGAGCCUCACUUACUAUCACUAGAAGUCAUUCCCCAGGAGAUCUUUUUCCACAUGGAGAAACAACAGUUCAGUACACUGCCACUGAUCCAUCAGGCAAUAAUCGAACAUGUGAAAUUCACAUCAUUAUCAAAGGUUCUCCCUGUGAAGUACCCUUCACUCCAGUAAAUGGGGAUUUUAAAUGUAGAAAGGACAGUGUUGGACUCAACUGUACAUUAAGCUGCUUGGAGGGCUAUGAUUUUACAGAAGGGUCCACUGAAAAGUACUACUGUGCCUUUGAAGAUGGUAUCUGGAAACCACCAUAUUCUACUGAAUGGCCAGACUGUGCUUUAAAUCGUUUUGCAAAUCAUGGGUUCAAAUCUUUUGAAAUGCUCUACAAAGCAACUCGUUGUGAUGACAGAAACCUUCUAGAAAACUUUUCUGAAGCUUUUGAGAGUGCCCUUGGUAAAAUGGUCCCAUCAUUUUGCAAUGAUGUUGAUGAUAUUGACUGCAAACUGGAGGACUUGACAAAGAGACAUUGUCUAGAAUAUAAUUAUGACUAUGAAAAUGGAUUUGCAAUUGGACCUGGUGGUUGGGGUGCAGCUAACAGACUUGAUUAUUCCUAUGAUGAUUUCGUAGAAGAAAUGCAAAAGCAGACACAGAAACCUGCUAGACAUGCAUCCUCCCGUAUCAAAAGACAUGAAAGGCCCAGUAUUCCUCUGUCUGAUCACAAAAUUAAGUUAAUUUUUAACAUCACAGCUAGCGUGCCUCUGCCGGAUGAAAGAAAUGAUACACUGGAAUCUGAAAACCAGCAGCGGCUCCUUAAGACAUUAGAAACCAUUACAAAUAGGUUGAAAAGGACCCUCAAUAAGGAACCCAUGUAUUCUUUCCAGCUGGCAUCUGAUCUGGUUGUAGCUGACAGCAAUUCGUUAGAAACGGAAAAGGCCUUUUUAUUCUGCAGACCAGGUUCAGUGCUGAGGGGACGUAUGUGUGUUAAUUGCCCUUUGGGUACAUAUUAUUCUCUGGAGCAUACAACCUGUGAAAGCUGCUGGAUUGGAUCCUACCAAGAUGAGGAGGGGCAGCUUGAAUGCAAACUUUGCCCAAGUGGUAGUUACACUGAAUACCUACAUUCUCGGAGCCUCUCUGAAUGUAAAGCUCAAUGCAAGCAAGGCACCUACUCAUCCAAUGGCCUUGAGACUUGUGAAUCAUGUCCACUUGGUACCUAUCAGCCUGCAUUUGGUUCUAGGAGCUGUGCCCCUUGUCCAAAGCAUACGUCAACUGUGAAACGAGGGGCUGUCAAUAUUUCUGCCUGUGGAGUGCCUUGUCCAGUAGGAGAAUUUUCACGCUCUGGUUUAAUGCCUUGUUAUCCUUGCCCCCGAGACUACUACCAACCAGAUCCAGGAAAAUCCUUCUGUCUAUCUUGCCCCUUUUAUGGAACAACAACGAUUACUGGUGCCAGAUCCAUUACAGAUUGUUCAAGCUUUAGCUCUACUUUCUCUGCCGCAGAGGAAAGCAUAAGGUUGCCUGCAUCUCCUGGACAUAUCACCAAGAAGUAUCAAGUUAGUAGCCAGGUUUUUCAUGAGUGCUUUCGAAACCCGUGUCAUAAUAGUGGAACAUGCGAACAAGUUGGAAGCGGAUAUAUUUGUGCAUGCCCACCUGGAUAUACAGGUGUUAAAUGUGAAGUAGACAUCAACGAGUGCAGUUCCUCACCUUGCCUGAACAAUGGAGUUUGCAAAGAUGGUAUUAAGGCAUUCACUUGCCACUGUCAAGCAGGUUUCACAGGUCUGUUGUGUCAAGAAAAUAUAAAUGAAUGCCUAUCUGACCCAUGUUUAAAUGAAGGAGAAUGUAUUGACGAAAUUGGUGGUUAUCACUGCUCAUGUACAAAUGCAUUCACAGGUACUCACUGUGAAAUUGAAAUUAAUGAAUGUAACUCAGAUGUUUGUUUGAAUGAUGCUCCUUGUGAAGAUGGGAUAGGGAGGUUCAUAUGCAAAUGCUUACCUGGCUUUUCUGGUGUCAUGUGUGAAGAAAACCUAGAUGACUGUCUCAGCAGACCCUGUAAGAAUGGAGCUACCUGCGUAGAUGGCAUCAACAGCUUCAGGUGUCAAUGUGUCAAAGGAUAUACUGGACUACAAUGUGAAGAUAACAUCAAUGAAUGUGCAUCCAAUCCAUGCAGAAAUCAGGCCACCUGUGUAGAUUCACUGAACUCAUACAUUUGUAAAUGUCGUCCUGGCUUUACAGGCAGCAGGUGUGAAACAGAACUGUCUGCUGGUUUUAACCUGGAUUUUGAAGUUUCUGGGAUCUAUGGAUAUGUCAUGCUAGAUGGGGUGCUCCCAUCCCUUCGUGCCAUUACAUGUGCAUUCUGGAUGAAGUCCUCAGAUAUCAUCAAUUAUGGGACUCCGAUCUCGUAUGCCCUAGAGAAUGGAAGUGAUAAUACCUUUCUCCUAACAGAUUAUAAUGGUUGGGUUCUUUAUGUCAAUGGAAAGGAGAGGAUAACAGACUGUCCCUCAGUCAACGAUGGCAGUUGGCAUCAUAUUGCAGUCACUUGGACAAGUAUUGGUGGAGCCUGGAAGGUUUAUAUUGAUGGGAAAUUAUCUGACGGUGGCACCGGCCUCUCUGUUGGUACAGCUAUCCCCGGAGGUGGUGCAUUAGUUCUUGGACAAGAACAAGACAAAAGGGGAGAGGGAUUCAAUCCAGCUGAGUCUUUUGUAGGAUCACUCAGCCAGCUCAAUAUCUGGGACUAUAUUUUGUCUCCUCAACAGGUGAAGACUUUGGCUACAUCAUGUCCAAGAGAACUCAGUAAAGGAAAUAUGUUGGCCUGGCCAGACUUCCUGUCAGGGGUUGUUGGAAAAGUGAAGAUCGAUUCCAAGAGCAUAUUCUGUGCUGAUUGCCCAUCUUUAGAGGGAUUCAUACCUCACCUGAGGGUUUCAUCAGCAGAUUUAAAGCCAGGCUCAAAAGUCAGUCUUUUCUGUGAUCCAGGCUUCCAGAUAGUUGGGAACCCUAUGCAGCACUGCCUCAAUCAGGGACAAUGGACUCAACCACUUCCCCACUGUGAAAGAAUCAGUUGUGGAGUACCUCCACCAUUGGAGAAUGGUUUCUACUCUGCCGAAGACUUCUAUGCCGGCAGCACAGUUACCUACCAGUGUAAUAAUGGCUACUAUUUGUUGGGAGACUCAAGGAUGUUCUGCACAGACAAUGGAAGCUGGAAUGGCAUAUCACCAUCGUGCCUGGAUGUUGAUGAAUGUGCUGUAGGAUCAGACUGUGAUGAGCAUGCUUCUUGCCUUAAUACAAAUGGAUCCUAUGUAUGUUCAUGCAUCCCACCGUACACAGGAAAUGGUAAAAAAUGUGCAGAGCCCAUAAAAUGCAAGGAUCCAGGAAAUCCAGAAAAUGGUCAUUCUUUUGGUGAAAUUUUCAGUGUGGGCAGUGAAGUUACUUUCUCCUGUGAGGAGGGCUACCAGCUGAUGGGAGUAUCGAAACUCACAUGUUUGGACUCUGGGGAAUGGAAUCAUUUGAUACCAUACUGUGAAGCUGUAACCUGUGGUGGGCCAGUUACUCCUGAAAAUGGUGGUGUCGAGGGCUCAAUCUUUACAUUUGGCAAUAAGGUGACAUACAGUUGUAAUAAAGGAUACAGUCUGGUUGGUGGAAAAGAAGCAUUGUGCCUUGCUAGUGGCACUUGGAGUCAUUCUCCUCCCAAAUGUGAAUUAGUAAAAUGUUCUAGUCCGCAGGACAUUGUAAAUGGAAAAUAUAUACUGAGUGGUGUUACCUAUCUAUCUACUGCAUCAUAUUCAUGUGAUAGUGGAUACAGCUUGCAGGGCACUGCAGUACUCCAUUGUGAAGCCUCAGCACAAUGGAAUGAAGUUCCACCGAGCUGUGAACUUGUCUCCUGUGGACCCCCUCCUGCCAUCAAAGAUGCUGCCACUAGCUGGAAUAACUUUACUUUUGGAAACACGGUCACUUACACAUGUAAAGAAGGUUACACCCUUGUUGGCCCUGAAACCAUUGAAUGCUUGGCUAAUGGUAAGUGGAGUGUCAGCAACCAGCAGUGUCUGGCCGUUUCCUGUGACGAGCCCCCAAACGUGGACCACGCAUCCCCAGAAACUGCUCAUCGCUUGUUUGGCGACAUAGCCUUUUAUUACUGCUCUGACGGUUACAGCUUGGCCGACAAUGCCCAGCUUCUCUGUAAUGCGCAGGGGCACUGGGUACCCCCCGAAGGCCAGGAAAUGCCCCACUGUAUCGCUGACUUCUGUGAAAAGCCCCCAGCUGUUUCCUAUAGCAUAUUAGAGUCCGUGAGCAAAGCCAAGUUUGCUGCUGGCUCCUCCGUGAGCUUUAAGUGCACGGAAGGCUUUGUCUUGAACACCUCGGCUAAGAUUGAGUGUGUGCGGGGAGGGCACUGGAACCCUUCUCCCUUGACGAUCCAGUGCAUCCCUGUCCGGUGUGGGGAGCCCCCAAGCAUCAAGAAUGGCUACGCAAGUGGAGGCAAUUACAGUUUCGGAGCUGUGGUGGCGUAUAGCUGCAACAAGGGAUUCUACAUCAAAGGGGAGAAGAAGAGCACCUGUGAAGCCACAGGGGAAUGGAGCGGCCGCACACCCACCUGCCACCCUGUGUCUUGCAGUGAACCCCCCAAAGUUGAGAAUGGACUUGUGGAGCACAUGACCGGGCGAGUCUUUGAGAGCGAAGUGAGGUAUCAGUGUAACCCUGGAUACAAGUUGUUGGGAAGUCCUGGGUUUGUCUGCCAAGCCAAUCGCCAUUGGCAUAGUGAGUCCCCUCCAUCCUGCAUCCCCCUCAGUUGUGGAAAACCUCCACCCAUCCAGCAUGGCUACGCCAAGGGUGAGAACUUUGAGGUGGGAUCCAAAGUGCAGUUUUUCUGCAGUGAGGGCUAUGAACUUAUGGGAGAUGCCACUUGGACAUGCCAGAAAUCUGGGAAGUGGAACAAGAAGCUGAACCCAAAAUGCGUGCAAGCAAAAUGUCCAGAGCCACCCCUGGUGGAAAAUCAGCUUGUCUUAAAGGAGCUGGUCAAUGAUGUGGGAGUGGUGCAGUUUUCCUGUAAGGAGGGCCAGGUCUUACAGGGCUCCUCUGUUCUCAAGUGCUUGCCAUCACAGCAGUGGAAUGACUCUUUUCCUGCAUGCAAGACAGUGCUGUGCUUCCCUCCUCCACUCAUUUCUUUUGGUGGCCCCACCCCUUCUUCUGCACUGCAUUUUGGGAGCAUGGUCAAGUAUUCCUGUGUGGAUGGUUUUUUCCUCAGGGGGGACGUUACCAUCUCCUGUCAAUCUGAUGGCACGUGGAGCUCGCCGCUCCCAGAAUGCAUCCCAGUAGAAUGCCCCCAGCCUGAGGAAAUCCUCAAUGGAAUUGUGGAUGUGCAAGGUCUUGACUACCUCAGCACAGCACUGUAUACCUGUAAGCCAGGUUUCGAAUUGAUGGGAAACACAACCAUCCUGUGUGGAGAAAGCGGACAGUGGCUCGGAGGCAAACCAGUCUGUAAGCCCAUUGAGUGCCCCAAGCCUAGGAAGAUUUUGAAUGGCAAAUACUCGUACACAAACCUGCACUAUGGACAGACCAUUACCUAUUCCUGUGACCGGGGCUACAGGCUCGUAGGGCCCAAUGUGCUAGUCUGCCUGGAGACAGGAGAUUGGGACAUCGUCAUUCCAUCUUGCAGCGCCAUACUCUGUGAGCCCCCUCAACCCAUUGAGAAUGGCUUUGUUGAAGGUGCAGAUUACAGCUUUGGGGCUAUGAUCAUCUACAGCUGUUUCCCAGGAUUCCAGUUGGCAGGUCAUGCUAUGCAGACCUGUGAAGAGUCGGGAUGGUCCAGCUUUACUCCCACAUGCCUCCCCACAGACUGUGGCCUUCCCCCUCAUAUAGACUUUGGGGAGAGCAUGAAGAUCAAAGGGGGUGCAAGACAUUUUGAUCCUGAGGAGGAGGUCAUGGAAGUGUCCUAUCAUGCUCCCAGCCUGCCUCACCACCCUGGGCUGAUGGCGAAAGGGUCGGCUUUGAUAGAACCGGUUGCUGCGCCGUUGUCAAACUUUUUAUAUGGCUCCGUGGUUUUGUACACUUGUGACCCGGGGCAUGAACUCUUAGGAAAUCCUGUGCUGAUUUGUCAGGAGGAUGGAACUUGGAAUGGCAGCGCUCCUGCUUGUCUGUCCAUAGAAUGUAGCCUGCCCACCCCUCCACAGAAUGGCUUUUUACAUUUUACCGAGAAUAUCUUGGGCAGUUCAUUGCAAUAUAGCUGUAAACCUGGGCAUGUGCUGGUGGGCUCUGACACAAGACUCUGCCUUUCCACGAGACAGUGGAGUGAUGCUCCCCCAACCUGUGAGGCCAUAUCAUGUAACAAGCCCAGCCAGCUAAUGAACGGAUCUGUCAGAGGAAGGAACUACACGUACAUGAGCGUGGUGCGCUAUGCAUGCGAUCCUGGGUAUGAGCUGAAUGGCUCAGAGAGGAGAACGUGCCAGGAAGAUCAGAAGUGGGAUGGAAAUGAGCCCAUUUGUAUUCCUGUUUCCUGCGGCCCUCCCCCUGUUUCAGAGAACGGCCAGGUGAGCGGUGACGAAUACACCUUCCAGAGAGAAAUCGUGUACAGUUGCAAGGAAGGAUUCCUGUUGGAUGGAACCAGGAACCAAACUUGCUUGGCCAAUGGACACUGGAGUGGGGCCCCACCCACCUGCGUGGCUGUCAAAUGUACUGCCCCACUUCCCCUUGAAAAUGGAGAGGUGAAAGGCCUGGAACAUGGCUUUGGGAAAGAAGUUGAGUAUCAGUGCCAGGAGGGCUUCGUGUUGCAGGGGGCACCCAAACUAACCUGCCAAGUGGACGGCACCUGGGACGCGGAGCCUCCUCACUGUGAGCCAGUCAGCUGCGGGCCUCCUGAAGACCUCUCCCAUGGCUUCCUCAAUGGCUCCUCCUUCACAUAUGGGGACCAGGUGGAAUACAUGUGCUUUCCCGGGUAUGAGCUGCUUGGAAGUCCUGUACGUCACUGUCUUGCCAGUGGCUCCUGGAGUGGCAUCCUCCCUUCCUGCCUGCCCUGCAAGUGCCCCCCACCACUGAUUCAAAAUGGAGUGGUCACUGGGAAGGAUUUCAGCUGUGGCCAGAGGGCCCGCUUUCAGUGCCUUGAGGGCUUCAAACUCCUGGGACCUUCUGAAAUAGUCUGCAAAGCGGCCGGCAAAUGGAGUUCUGGCUUUCCGCACUGCGGGCGUCUCUCUUGCGGCUCUCCCCCGACGAUCCCGAAUGCCUUCAUCAAUGGAAGUGGCUCACUGGAGGAUAAUGCGAUAACAUACAACUGUGUGACCGGCUAUAGGAUGCAAGGGAUGUCCGACCUGAUUUGUACAGAGACAGGGCUGUGGAGUGAGCCAUAUCCCAACUGUGAGCUCCUCUCCUGUGGACCACCACCUUCUGUUCCAAAUGCCACUAUGACUGGAGACACUCACACCUAUGGAAGUAAAGUUCAGUACAGAUGUCUAGAAGGUUAUGUGAUGGAAUCGGACACAGACACGUCUAUGUGCCUGAAAGAUGGACAUUGGUCCCCCAAGAGUAUUUCCUGUAGUUCUAAGAAAUGUCCCAUGCCAACAAAUAUGACACAUGUGCUUAUUGAAGGGGAUGACUUCAGUAUAAACAAUCGCAUUUCUGUGUCAUGCACAGAAGGCUACAUAUUUUUGGGAACAAACAUAUCAACGUGUCAGCUUGAUGGAACCUGGGAUCCCCCUUUUUCUGAUGAUUCCUGUGCCCCAGUUUCCUGUGGAAGACCUGAAACACCAGAUCAUGGGCUCAUAGUUGGCACAAAGUACAGCUUCAAAAAUUCAAUUCGGUAUCAAUGUGAAGCAGGCUACGAAUUAGAAGGGGAUGGUGAGCGUGUCUGCCAAAAAAACAAACAAUGGAGUGGAGUCCUGGCUGUGUGCAAAAGGGCCUCCUGUGGACCCCCAGAGGACAUAGAAAAUGGUUCAGUGCAAGGUCAGGCCUUCUUGUUUGAAGAUGAAGUCCUCUACACGUGCAAUCAAGGUUAUGAACUUCAGGGCCCCAGCAGGAGAAUCUGCCACGUCAAUAAAAAAUGGAGCCCUUCGGCACCUACGUGUGUGAGUAUCGUAUGUGAGUCACCACCUUCCGUAGAAAAUGCCUUCUUCACUUCUAUGGGAAAUGCCUAUCAGAACAGCAUUGCCUUUGUAUGCAAUUCCGGUUACCACCUGGUUGGACCAUCAAACAUUACUUGCCUCGCCAAUAGGACCUGGAGUAGACCUUUUCCAUCUUGUGAAGAGACCAAGUGUGAAGUUCCACUUGGGCUGGUGAAUGGGAAGGCUGUGUAUGAAAAUAACACUGUCGGCAGUAAAGUGACCUACUCCUGCAAUAGAGGAUAUAGCUUGGAAGGAGAGCAUAGUGCUGAAUGCACAGCCAGUGGAAUUUGGACCUACCCAGCACCUUUCUGCAAACCAAAUCCCUGCCCCGUGCCUUUCAUAAUCCCUGAGAAUGCUGUUCUUUCUGAGACGGAAUUUUAUGUGGGUCAGAACCUAUCUGUCAAGUGCAGGGAGGGCUAUAUGCUUCAGGGACAAGCUGUUAUUACCUGUAGCCCAGAUGAGACUUGGACACCAACAAGUGCUAAAUGUGAAAAAAUCUCUUGUGGACCUCCAACUCAUAUAGAAAAUGCCAUUGCUCGAGGAACCAGUUAUCAGUAUGGAGACUUGAUUACCUAUUCAUGUUAUAGUGGCUAUAUGUUAGAGGGCUCCCUUAGAAGUGUUUGCUUAGAAAACCGAACCUGGACAUCACCACCAACUUGCCGAGCUGUCUGCCGAUUCCCUUGUCAAAAUGGAGGAGUCUGCCAACGACCAAAUGCAUGCACUUGCUCAGAAGGUUGGAUGGGACGUCUCUGUGAAGAACCCAUAUGCAUCCUGCCCUGCCUGAAUGGCGGUCACUGUGUGGCACCUUACCAAUGUGAUUGUCCAGCUGGAUGGACUGGUUCUCGCUGUCAUACAGCUGUCUGCCAGUCUCCCUGCUUAAAUGGUGGAAAAUGUGUAAGACCAAAUCGAUGCUACUGCCUCUCAGCUUGGACAGGCCAUGAUUGUUCCCGGAAAAGGAAGUCUGGGUUCUCACCUUUUUAAACACAAGACAGUGGCUCACACAAAAGAAUGGGAUUAUCUCUUCAGGGAAAACCCUAAGUAUUCUGGAACUUCUGCAUUGUAAAUCCCACGAGGUGCUGAGUUUUUUGAAUUUUUUUGUCGUGGAUUUUUAUUUUGUGAUAUAUUUUCCUAUACUUUUCCAUUUCUAAAAAAUAUGCCUGUAUUUUCAUAUAUGAAAGUAUAUUAAGUAUAUGCUGCUACACACACAAAAAUAUACAAGCUCUGCUGUCUGUUGGGAAAAUUCCUUGUAUACAUUUGGUCAUUGUUUUCAACUCCUUGAUUAUGGUUUGUUAAUUAAAAUAUAUUUUACUGCUAAUUAAUGUAGUGCUGUAAAUUUGCCAUAGCAUGAGUUUGUUAAACCCAAGAUAUAAUCCAGAGGCUGAAUUGUAGACAAUCAGGAGGAUUAAUGAUUGAUAAAUUUAUCCCAUCAUUCUCUGAUAGCAGGUUCUUAUUCCAUGUGCCUCCUUAGGGAGUUGAGAGACCCAGCAUGGAUGAGUGCCAGACACUCUGCAUAUCCACAUACAUUCAUUUCCUUUGAGAUACUGUAACAAUAAAAUUU